AGGUAAGCAAGACACUGUGUGUUUGGCUAGUAGAAACGCAAUGUUUCGACCCUGAAAUGGGCAGUUAGACGAGAACGCCACCAUGGUGCUGAACUCUGUUAUUUCCAAACUGUCCGGUAAACUGGUUGUUCUGGCGAGUGCUUCUCCGAGGAGACAGGAGAUUCUCCGUAAUGCGGGCUUACGAUUUGAGGUGGUGCCAUCCUGGUUCAAAGAAACUCUUGAUAAGGGACUUUUCAAGGCACCUCAUGGAUAUGCUGUUGAGACAGCCAAACAGAAGGCCCUGGAGGUGGCCAGGAGGAUGCCCUUAAAACACCUGAAGACUCCAGACAUAGUAAUUGGAGCAGACACUAUUGUGACUGUAGAUGGCAUGAUUCUGGAAAAGCCAGUGGACAAGCAUGAUGCUUACAGGAUGCUGUCAAGCUUGAGUGGUAAAGAGCACAGUGUCUUCACUGGUGUAGCUAUAGUCCUCUGCCACGAAAAACAAAACGAAGAGGUGGAUUACCAGUUGGUUGAAUUCUACGAAGAAACAAAGGUGAAGUUUGCUGAUCUCUCAGAAAACUUGCUGUGGGAGUACAUCAAUAGUGGUGAACCCAUGGACAAGGCUGGCGGCUAUGGUAUUCAGGCACUUGGCGGCAUGCUCGUGGAGUACGUCCAUGGAGACUUCCUCAAUGUUGUGGGUUUUCCCCUCAACCACUUCUGUAAACAACUGGACAUUAUUUACAACCGCUGUACUUCCUCCUCAGACCAGGAAAGUUUAUCUUUCUUCCUGAGCCACAAUGGCACUCAGACCACCACGAUACUCACUGAGCCCCUACCCAACCUGCCAGCUCAGUCUAGGCACAACUCCUCAGCCAAACAUAACCCCUCAUCCAGCCUCAGACCGAACAGCCCACCUGUCAGUCCACCAGAGCACACCCAGAAAAGCCCCUCAGCCAGUCCCACCCAUGAGGUGAAAAGGAACAGCAGUGAAAGUGAAGUGGGUGAGAGUUCCUUGAUGUUGGUCAACAGUCUGUCUAAACAUACAGACGAGAGAGAGGCUCAGCCCAGAGACUCUGAGAAUGCAACAUUACCACUGAUGACCAGCAGAGGGCAGCAUGAGGACUCUGGGCUGAAAAAAGAGCACUUGCAGCGAGUCAUUGAACUGAUGGAUGGGUUCAAAGCCUCAAAGGCCCUAUUUACUGCAUCCAAGAUGUGCGUGUUUGACCUGCUACAAAGCAGACCAGGGCUGGAUGCCGCACAGGUGGCCCAGGAGAUCAAAGCCUCUGUGAAGGGGACUGAAUGCCUGCUGGAAGCGUGUGUGUCUCUGGGACUGUUGAAGAGCAAAGAGAGAACUUUUCAGAAGCCAGCAUACGAGAACACAGAUCUGGCCUCGUGUUUUCUGCGGUCAGAUGCUCCUUUUUCGCUGCAGGGUUACAUCCAUCAUUGUAAUGACACAGUGUGGCCUCUUUUCUCCCACCUUGAGAGUGCUGUACGGGAUGGGACCAACCAGCAUGAGAAGGCUUUCGGCAAGAAAUCUAAGGAUAUGUUUCAGGAUACUUUCUACAACAGCCACUCAGUUAAACUGAGAUUCAUGAAUGCCAUGGACAGCAUUGCAAAAGUCACAGGAAAAGCUGUAGCAACUGCCUUUGACCUGUCAAGUUUUAAAACUGCCUGCGACCUUGGAGGAUGCACUGGUGCCAUGGCCUAUGAAUUUACUAAAGCCCAUCCACAGUUGUCUGUGACAGUGUUUGACUUGCCGGCUGUCAUUGAGAUGAGUGAACACUUCCAUCCUCUGUGCACAGACAACCGAGUUUCAUUUGUAGCAGGAGACUUCUUUAAAGAUGAAUUGCCCAAAGCAGACUUGUACAUUCUGGCCAGAAUUCUCCAUGACUGGCCUGAUGACAAGGUGCAUCUUCUGCUGAGUAAAAUCGCGACUGCGUGCACACCAGGAUGUGCAGUGUUCAUAGCUGAGACCAUGUUGGAUGGACAGACACCUUACUCUGCACUGCAGUCUCUGAACAUGCUUGCCCAGACUGAGGGGACAGAGAGGACAGAGAGCCAGUAUGCAGACUUGCUGAGCAAACAUGGAUUUGGGGGCACACGUGUGGUUCACACUACGAACUUCCUUGAUGCCUUUAUUGCUUUUAAAAUAUAGCAUGUGAAUCAUGCAGGAUGAAUCCUCAUGUUUUUCUAUUCAUUUGUUUAUGACAGUCUUUGUUCAGUUUUUGGCCUUUUGAUAAUCCCAAAUGUUAUCAGGAAAAUGUAACAACAUCAAAUGUGUUCAACAUCAAAUGUGAAAGUACUCAUAAUGCAGGAUGGCCACUCUCAGAGUGUUACAAAACUGUUUACAUAAAAUUGAUUAAUAUUGAUUCAUUAAGGUGUAAGCUGCAAUUUAAUGUCGGCUAAACUUUGAACUGGGUUCAUACUGUGGGGUUAACAUAUACGUUUAAUUAUUAUAGACACAUUAUCUUUUAUUAUGUGGUUCACAACAACAAAAAUAAUGACUGAAUUCACGGGUAAGUCAGCUGUUGGAGCUACAGUGCUGUUUAUAUCAUAAGUGCAUCCCUUGUCUUUACUGCGGGAGUGAUGCAUACCUGGUGUUUAAUGCAGGCAUCCUGCUUGUGGUGCAGCUGGAUCAUUGACAGUACAGGACUUUACGGAAGCUCUGAGCGUAGUGAGGAAAAAAACAUAAUCCAUGUUCUAAGUCUUAUCUAAAUUGUUUUCUCUCCUGUGUUUUCCUAUCUUAAUAUUUCUAAAUUCCUUUAUCUGUGAAACAGGUCAAAAGUAAGGGUUUGCAAGGAUAAUUUUUGUAAGUUACCCUUUUUCCAUCCCAUAAACAAUAUUUUUCCAAGUGUUUGAUGUUUCUGGCAGAAAAGCUUGAAGGCCAACUUCUCCUGUAGGCGAUGCACUUCAGCCUUUUAUGGCCACAAUGAGUACUACAACAACAAACACUUCAAGAAAAUUAAUAAUCCUUUUUUUCCACCUGGAAAAAUUUGUUCUUUUGACCUUUUUCACAAAUGAAAAAUAACAAACAAACAAAAAUUAAGGAGCUUAGAAAGGUUAUCCUGGCAAAUCCUUUUUUCACCUCUUUUCAUUUCAUCAACACAGGAAAGAAAAGAGGUGGAAAAACCCUUCUGUGAUUGCUCUGUGUGUAGUUGCCUCAAUUGAAAACCACCCACACCGCUCAACUGGAUGGAGACUGUGACUGAAGAGUGCACCCUUCCUCUUAAACAGUCUUUAGUGCCAUGUUCUGAUGAUGUAAACUAGAUGCAAGGGGAGAAACGUGAUUAAAGAAGAAAUAAGAUGGAUGAUUUUUGCACACUGUCUCACCGGUGGACAUGACUUCACAUUCACUUCAACUUUAUAGGCUGGAAGAAGACUGCCAGUGAUGAGGGCGGCUAAGCCUUCUUCAAUGGGGCCCUGUCAAACAUACUCUAAGGCAUGCAUGGAGCCCUCAUUGCGGUCUCGUAUAAUGGGUUCAGUAUAUUUUCUAAGUUGCCCCUUGUUCUCCCACCCUUACAGUUUUGCUUGCAGUUUAAAUCACACUAACCAGUGGACAAAUCCAUCAAAGCACUCGUUAAACGCAGCACAUAUUAUUGUCCCAUGUGGUCUGUUUGACCAUAAUAGUCUUUUUUUGUGUGCAAAGAAUGAUCAAACUCUGACUACCUCUCUUCUGACGUUAAUCUAUCCCAAAUUAAGGUUGAGGAGAAAAUGCUUUGCUUGUCACUGUUUGACUUACAAUAGAUGUAGCUCACCUCCGAAGUGAUAUUUGAUACUCUGGAAACGUAACCCAAAUAUUUAUUUUGCAGUUGAAAAGACACUUUGCUGAAGCUCUUUGCUGUGUCAGUAAACCUCCUCAAGAUGGCAUCACAAACCUGCAGAUCUCACAGAUAGUCUUCCCUGUUUUGUUUAACUGGCUUUAAUUCUUUCCAGUGGCAGCUAGAUGUGUGCCACAGAGAUCGCUUGAACAUUAAAUGACAUCAAGCAAGUUUGGAAUUUAAUUUGUGCUUCGUGCAUGUGGUUGAGUAAGAUAGUGUAUUAAUGCAGUGAAGCAUAUGACACCAUCCCUUAAUUUCUUAAAGCUCUUGGAUUUCAGUUUUGUGGCAGUGGCUGAAGCAGCCAAACAGCUGAUGGGAAUGUGGGAAUAUAGCUAUCUUGCCAAGAUAAAUAGCUCUUAUUCUUUAUGACACUGAAAGUGUAUCCGGAUUACUCUUCAUUUUGGAUCCCUCUCUAAGUAUUUUCCUAGAAGGGUAAUAAGGGUGGUCAUGUUAUUCAUGGCUAUUUUCUUGUCAGUCUGGGCUCAGGCUCUCUGUGACAUCUAACUGAUUUCCAUUACUCAGAUUUUGUUCCUUCGACAAGGAGAGACAAGGGGAGGGUGCACUAAAGUUCAAAUAUGACACUGAGUGUAAAUCACACAAGGGCUGUUUUCUUGUGAACGCACACUGAAGGCAUCAAAACGCCAUAUAUUGCAAUACUUCCCUGCCCCAGUGAUUGUGA